GCGGAGGCCAGGCCGGUGGCGGUGGCGGUGGCGGGCAGGGCCGGACGCUUCGGAGGCAGCGCGGAGCUGGGGUCGGCGCGGCGCCGAGGCAGGAGAGCGAGGGGGGCUCCGGCCCGGGAGUCGGGGGUGGGAGCCCCUGGGGGGGGCCCUGGCCUGGAGCUGAGCCUGGCGCGGACCCGGCCGGGAAGGCCCUGGGAGCCCGGGGGAGGGAGGCGGACUGAUCCCGAAGGGGCCUCUGGACCGCGGGGGGGCCUCCGUCCGGGUUUUCUGAGUCGCAGUGUGGACCACAGCCCCUUGGUGUGAGCCCCAGCGGGGACCCACCCCCCACCUGAGCCCUCGGGGAGGCCCCUCAGCCUCCGUCUCUAGACUCCACUCUGUCUUCCAGCCACCAGGCCCUUUCUCAGCCUCGGCAGAGACCGUGGGUCUUUUCUGAAUGGCCUGGGAGAUCCCCAUUCCCUUUUCCUGAAUUCCAACGGGGCCCGGUCCUCCUCUGAGCCGCAGCCAGGGCUCCAUUCCUACCUUCUGUGGAUGCCGGGGUCCCACUGCUUCUCCGAGACCCGGAGAGAAUUCCCGCCUCCCCUUGGGAGCUUCCCGGGACCCCCAGGUCUUCCUUUUCCGAAUCCCAGAGUGACCCCCAGUCCUCUCUUCUCAAACUCUAAGCCCAAGGGAACCCAAGCCGCAUCUCCUGCAAACACACGGAGGACCUCAGGUCCCCUUCCUGGGUCCCCCCAAACUCUUAGCCCUAGUGGGGUGCUCAGAUCUCUCAGGAAAACCAGUUUCCCUUUUGUGAAACCCCCAGCAGGGGCACCAAAGCCCCUGGGAGCUGCAGGGAGCUUCAGCUGGCGCCAGUUCUUCCUCUGGAGCUCUUGGGGGCACCCCUCCUGGGAACCCAGGCUCCAUCUUUAAGUCGGGGGCGGGGGGCUUGCUUUUCCUCUGGUCCCCAUCUUCUUGGCCAAGUUCUUCAGGGCCGCCUAGACCCUCCUCUGAACCCCAGGGGCUUCCCCAGACCCGGGGAUCGUUUUUCUGUUCUGAACCCCAGAGGCAAUCUCGACUUUCCCAUCUGAGGCUCCAGAGAGGACUUGGCUCUCCCUCUUUCAUACCCAGGGGAAACUGAGUCCCUCACCCCCUGCAAGACCCCAGGCCGCUCCCCGCUCCCGGCCCUGGAGGCCCCUCCUCGGCUCUGCCUCCCCCCCCUUCUCGACCCCACGGCCAGAAGAUGAUGAUGUGGUCCAACUUCUUCCUGCAAGAGGAGAGCCGGCGGCGGGGGGCCGCAGGCCGGCGGCGGGCGCAGGCGCAGCUCGGGUCGGGGCUGACACCCGAGCGCGAGGGGAAGGUGAAGCUGGCGCUGCUGCUGGCCGCCGUGGGCGCCACGCUGGCGGUGCUGUCCGUGGGCACCGAGUUCUGGGUGGAGCUCAACACCUACAAGGCCAACGGCAGCGCCGUGUGCGAGGCGGCCCACCUGGGGCUCUGGAAGGUGUGCACCAAGCGGCUGUGGCAGGCGGACGUGCCCGCGGGCAGGGAGACCUGCGGCCCCGCAGAGCUGCCCGGAGAAGCAAACUGCACCUAUUUUAAAUUCUUCACCACGGGGGAGAAUGCAUGCAUCUUUCAGAGAACCACAAAGAAAGAGGUGAAUCUGGCAGCUGCGGUGAUAGCAGUGCUGGGCCUGGCAGUCAUGGCCUUGGGGUGCCUCUGUAUCAUCAUGGUGCUCAGUAAAGGUGCAGAGUUCCUGCUGCGAGUUGGAGCCGUCUGCUUUGGCCUCUCAGGCCUGCUGCUGUUGGUGAGCCUGGAGGUGUUCCGGCAUUCCGUGAGGGUCCUGCUGCAGAGAGUCAGCCCCGAGCCUCCCCCGGCCCCACGCCUCACCUACGAGUACUCCUGGUCCCUGGGCUGUGGCGUGGGGGCCGGCCUCAUCCUGCUGCUGGGGGCUGGCUGCUUUCUGCUGCUCACACUGCCUUCCUGGCCCUGGGCGUCCCUCUGUCCCAAGCGGGGCCACCGGGCCACCUAGAGCCACACGUGAGACUUCUCUAAGCAACCACCAAGCUCUUUGAUCUUCUCCAUCAUGCCCCCAAGAUCUUUCCGCCCCAUCUCCUAGAGAAACUGUGUUCUCCCCGCUCGGGGCCUGUGUUCUUUGACACACCCGCCUCCUGUCCCCUCAUCCCGUCUCCCUCUGUAAAUACGUUUUUCUCGGUGGCUGUAUGUGGGUUGCUUGGGGGUGGGAUGGGAAGAGGCUCUUUGCAAACGAGGGUCCCCAGGGAAGACUGGCGGGGACCUGAUGGGGUAACGGGUGUGGGGUUGGGGGGCUGGGGUUGGGGGGUCUUGGGUGGGAGUUGGAGUUUCCCAUGUCUGGAUCAAUUCACUUGCCGGGAGAGACUUUUUACAACUCGUCUGCAACUCAGGGUGGGGUUGCGGGAGACAGGGAAGGAUGCCAGGGUCUGACCUGGCUGUGUCUGAUUUGGGAUUAAAGGUUUGGAAAUUUAA